AUGGGUCGGAUCGGUUUAGAAACGGCUCACUCGCAUGGUUGCCCGGCUUUCGGGGGAAAGUGUUCCACUGCCAGGGACAGGCGGCGGCAGAACCCACAUCAACAGCAGCAAUGUAGGGAAUCCGAUUACUGUGUUGAUGGAUGGAUGGAGUUUCAGCGCUUUCGGAUAUCGACUCGACGAGGGCGACGAAGACGACGAAAACCCGUGGGGUUGGGUACUAAUGCGAUGAUAUUGCUGUUGUCGAUGUUCAUUGCUCUCGCAACACCUCUAGCAAAUGCAGCUUUCGUUCAAUUCGAGAAUUGCCUCCCGCAAUCCAUCAUCCACUCCAAUCCCCUCCAGCUCCAGUUCGUGCCAAUGUUUGUCUGGGCUGAGUUUAACCUCACUUCAGAGGCCAAAAAUCUAAAUGUGACGGUGUACGGGAAUGUCACUGGGAUUGCGACGCAGGAGCCCUAUCCACCUCCGGAUUCCCCCGGCUGGUCGAAUCCAGAUAACACCGUUGGGAAGAUAGUUGAUGUCGAUGUUCAAAAUAACAUGCUGUCCACCAUAUUUACUAGAUUUGAAUUCCUCAGCUAUACCCCAUAUGUCGCCCCUCCAGCACGGUUCUGCAACUCCUUGGUCCAAGGACAGUGUCCGCUGGGACCUGUUUUUUAUUCUAAUGGAACUCCUCCGGAACUACGAGCUUUUUCCGUUUCCCAUGAUCUCUUUUCCUCUUAUUCCUUCACGACGAUAACGCCGUUGAUUACAGUAACCUCCGGCAAUGCAGCCAGGUCAUUGGUCGUUUGCGUGUCCGCAGAUGUCACCCCGAGCUUAGGAUCCUCACUAAACGACACAGUCAGAUACUUGCCCCUUGUCAUUCUUAUUUUGGUCGGUGUCGCCACGGUAGCGGCGGCCAUGUUCAGUCCAUGGGGCUCGCUGGAUUUCUUUCGAUGGACUUCCAAUUACGGACGAGACGAGGACUUGCUUAGACUUGUAACCCCCGGAUUCGCAGACUGUUUACAAUAUAUUCAAUUUAUUGUUCUAACCGGGUCACUUACGUUGAAUUACCCAGGAUUCUAUCAACCUAUCGUAAGCCGGAUAGGAUGGUCUGUCCUCAUGUUCAAUCAAAGUUUCGUGAGCCAUGGAAAUGGCACACAGCCACUCCAGGAUGGAGUGUACGUUGCCAACGCAACUUACGGUUUGGAUAGAAUGCGCCAGCUUAUUGGAAUGUCUUCUGUGAAGGAUAUUUGGGCGGGGAUGGUUGUUUGGCUGCUUGCAAUUCUUGGGUGUGUUGUGCUUCUCAUCCAGCUUGGGUUCGGGCUUCGAUGGCUUCACCAUCAGGUCACUCACGAGCCGGAGGAAGAUCUACGCGCCAAAAACUUCCCGUUCACCAUGGGCAACGUCAUUCGGAUCAUUUUCAAUUUUUUCCUCUUACCCAUCGUGUCGCUAUCUAUGUUUCAGCUCGUCGUUACUCGUAAUUCUCCUAUAUCUACGGUUGCUUUGGCCGUAGUGCUUCUCGUUUGUCUGGUCGUAUUUGCUGCUUGGUUAUUGCUGCUGAUCACCCAAACUCGUCCAAGGUCAUAUAUGUUUGAUGACCUUCCGACGGUUCUUCUUUACGGCCCGUUGUAUAAUACGUUCUCCGAUAGUGCCGCCGCCUUCUCCGUGGUCUCUGUCCUUCUCACAUUCGUGCGCGGAAUCGCAAUCGGAGCUGUUCAACCUUCAGGAAUUGCACAGAUCGUUCUCCUGGCCAUCUGUGAAGUUGUCCUUAUCAUAACCUUAUCAGCAUUCCGUCCUUUCGCACGGCCAACAUCUAUGACCUUAUACCAUACCAUUUUUGCCGUCGUUCGCUGCAUUACAAUGCUUUUGAGUGCUUCCUUCGUUCCGUCCCUGAGGGUUGGUCACGCAGCACGAGGUUGGAUUGGAUAUGCCAUCCUUCUGAUGCAUGGGAUGGUGUUGACUUUUGGAUUCUUUCUGAAUGCUAUUCAAACCCUGGUGGAGGUGCUUGCUCGGCUUGCUGGUGCUGGCGGUGAGGGUGGGGUUGAAGGUGGUGCGGCAAGGGGUGGGCUGGUGAAGGUCUUUGGUAUGCGUCAACUCUCUCGACGAGUCCCGCAACGGCCUCAUCAUGUUCCUCGUCACAGCAUGAACUCAGAAGCAGCGAUGCUAGGAUCAGAUCGAGAAAGACUCUCAUCUCACUUAGAUGGCGAUAGAACUCGAAGCUUUUCUACGAGUUCAGCACUGUUAUUGAACCGGUCUGUGGCGACUGAGAAUCGGAUGAGCGCUGGUUUCGAGGCCAGCAGCAUUCAUGGAAUAGGCCAUAGCCGGGGAAGUGGGAGUGGACCAUACACGCCUUCAACUCCAGGGGGUAUCUCACCUAUGGUACUUCCUGGCCAACAGUCGGGAGAUGGUGGAUCACCGCGAAGCGUGAUGGUGGGUACGAAGAACGAUGCUGGCCCGUACUAUCGUCCUCCGAGGCAACGACGGGCUACCCUAGAUGGGAUGUUACCUAGCAGUCGCAAACAUAAUUCCUGGACAAGUGGUGACUGGACCAGAAGACAAUCGGGCAGCAAUGCCGACGGUGAAGAUGCUGAUGCUUAUUAUGGCCCCCCUCUAGCCGGAAACAGCACUCCAGUCCCAGCUUACCUUGGAGCUCCUAGAGAUGAUUCGGACGCUGACAUGGACGAGCCUGGUCGCCCAAGGACGGAUUAUGCUGUCCGAGAAGUCGACUUUUAUUAUCGCGUCCGAGGCCCUGCUCUGUCCCGUGCCGCAACUCGAAAACUGAAAACCGGUCCAGCCGAUCCUACUGGCCCCGUAUCUUCCGCGACUGGCUGGUUCCGUAGACUUUUCCGUGGGAAGACAAGGGAUAAAGGCAAAGGCUUCGAAGUAGUCCGCAGCACGAGAGCCCCACCACCAGGAUUGAUGCCACAUCCGGAGCAAGCGCAACCCUUCCCAGAACCAUAUCACGACAAACCCGAUGCCACAAAAAAUCCCGAGUUGGAUGUAACACAGCAGACUCUUAGUAAUUCGGAUACCUACGAGACUCCUGAUGAAACGCCCAGAUAUGAAUCGAAAAUACAAACGGAUGUGACACCCCCCUCAUUACCUUCCAUCGAGGCGAGUGGAGAUAUCGAGCUUCCGCAUCGCACAGGCUCAAAAAGCGAAACCUAUGGACAACAAGACCUUGCGAUUCUCCCUCCCGCCAUCCCCCGUAAAAGCUCCAAACGACACUCCUCAGCCGACUCAGCAGACCGUACACUUGAAAUAGGAAUACCACCCCCGUCUUCCUCCGACGGCAACCAAGAGACAUCGAUGGACAACAAUUUAAGCACCCAAGGCCCUCAGCCCCAAUCACAAGCAACCACACAACCCACACGGCUCCCCUUUGGCUCAAAAUCCCCCUCAGUGCGAAGUGAGUUCGUCUCCACCAGAUCAGCCAGCUCCAGCAUCCAGAACACAACGGACGACGAGAACAACAGCGGUAGUAGAUCUGAUAAUAGACGACAGGUUUCGUCACCGUACAUGGUAUCUAACCGUCGUCAGGGUCGGCCUUCGAGUGUGGGAUUUGUCCCAAUGCACCGUGCCAGUGAUCACAUACAUGUUAGUGACAGCACGCCGUUUUCUGGAAGUUCGGCGGAGAUUGUUGGGGAGCCUUCUUCCUCUCCUUCUAUGUAA